AUGAACUCUCAGAUCGCACAGCUUGUCAUCGUCCUCGGAGUGAUGCAGCUCUCCAAGAAGUUUGACUGGGAGGACCCCCAGACCGUCUUCUACGCUCGUACUUUGUACACUGUGUCGAAUGUGAUUAUCUUUGCGAUCUACACCUGGAUCGGAUGGGGAAUCUCCAAGAAGAAUGACCUCACCACCUUGAAGUACGUCGAGCCCGCCUCCCCCAUGGGCGGCUCCACCACCGAAAAGGUCAUCACCACCACAAACCGCGACUACGACUCCGCCGAACUCGCCAAGCUCCGUAAAUCCCAGCUUACUGGUGUCGCCAUGAUGGCCGUCAUGCACUUCUACUUCAAGUUCUCCCAGCCUCUCCUCAUUCAGUCCAUCCUCCCCAUCAAGUCCGCCCUCGAGUCCAAGUUGGCGCAGAUUUACGUUUUGAACAGACCCGAGGUUGGAGAUUUGGCUAGGCCCUGGAAGGUUGCGAGUAUGUUUGGUGCGGCGGCUGAGGGGCCCAAGACCGACAAGGCCUCCAUUAAGGCUGCUGAGAAGAAGGCU